AUGUCAGUUCUCAUUAUGACUAGUCUUGGGGAGAUUGUCAUCGAUUUGUACUCCACUAGAUGCCCUUUGACUUGCAAGAACUUCCUCAAGCUCUGCAAGAUCAAGUACUACAAUGGGUGUCUUUUCCACACUGUUCAAAAGGAUUUCACUGCACAAACCGGUGAUCCUACUGGUACUGGACUUGGCGGAGAUUCCAUCUACAAAUUUCUGUAUGGUGAGCAGGCUCGCUUUUUUGGAGAUGAGAUUCAUCUCGAUUUAAAACAUUCCAAAACCGGCACUGUUGCCAUGGCUAGUGCUGGAGAAAAUCUCAAUGCUUCCCAGUUUUAUUUCACACUUCGUGAUGAUCUAGACUAUCUUGAUGGAAAACACACUGUGUUUGGGGAGGUUGCCGAGGGGCUUGACAUUUUGACUAGGAUAAACGAAGCUUAUGUUGAUGCCAAAAACAGACCAUAUAAAAACAUUAGAAUCAAGCACACAUAUAUACUUGACGAUCCCUUUGAAGAUCCCACUCAAUUGGCUGAGAUGAUACCAGAUGCUUCCCCGGAUGGAAAACCCAAGGAAGAGAUCGAAGUUGACGUGCGUCUAGAAGAUGAUUGGAAUCCUAUGGAUGAAGAACUUGAUGCUCAUAAACUGGAGGAGGUUAUCCGUGAGAAAGCUGCUCAUUCUAGUGCUGUUGUACUUGAAAGUAUUGGAGAUAUCCCAGAGGCCGAGGUCAAGCCUCCUGAAAAUGUGCUGUUUGUCUGCAAACUGAAUCCUGUGACUGAGGAUGAGGAUCUGCAUACCAUUUUCUCACGCUUUGGAACUGUCAUAUCGGCUGAUGUAAUCCGGGACUUCAAAACAGGUGACAGUUUGUGCUACGCUUUUAUAGAGUUUGAGGAGAAGGCGGCAUGCGAACAAGCCUAUAAUAAGAUGGACAAUGCUCUGAUUGAUGAUAGAAGAAUACAUGUGGACUUCAGUCAGAGUGUGUCCAAACUUUGGUCACAGUUCCGGCAGAAAGACUCACAAAAGGGUAAAGCAGGGAAUGGAUGUUUCAAAUGUGGGUCGACGGAUCAUGUAGCCAAGGACUGUGUGGGUGGUGGUAAUCAGGCUUCAAAGUUCAUAGUAAAAGAUCAGAACAGACAGCACGGAGGAGGUGAAGGGUAUGAUAUGGUGUUUGAGGGAGAUAUAGCUGAAAGGCCCAAGAGGGAGAAGAGAGAGGACAAGGAGAAGAUUGGGAGGAGAAGUCCACAUGGCUAUGGUGAAGGCAAAAGACGAGAGAGAGAAGAAGGGAGAAGUCCUCGUGUCUAUGGUGAAGGAAAAAGACGAGACAGAGAUGAAGGUGACAAGGCAGCUAGUAAGUACAAUGGUAGAAGACAUGAUAGGGAACAAGUAAGAGAAAGGGAGAGGGACAGGAGGUAUGAUGAUGGUGGGAGUAGGGAGAAGAAACAGAGGGAGAGAAAUGAAAGAGAGAGUAGGGAAGAUGAAGAGAGGAGGAGAAGAAGACGCCCGUUGGAAUGA